AGGCAAAUGCUUGGCCGCUAGCCGGCCGGAGUCACGGACUGCACGCAGACACGCGCGUUCAUUUCCUGUUGUGGUCGAAUGUGACCUACUAGCAUACUACUAGUGACCGCAGCGUACAUCCUUGUUUUCAAUCUAGCAGUACUCAACCGUUCCUACGUAGUGGUGGUUAAGAGAUCGUCUGAGGCCCACCAACAGCAAAUAUGGCGGAAUCGACAGACGCGGAGCUGAGCGUGGCGGCGGAGCCGCCCACUGUCGGCAGCGGCCAGCAGGCUACUGUAGUGUGCGGGGAAGCUUCGGAAUCGGACGACGAGGACCUCAGCGUUUCCACCAGCACAGUCGCCAGCGAUCUGAGUGUGUCGAGUGCCAGCGACAGUGCUACGUCGAGCGAGCGUCGAUCUGCGGAACCUAGCCAGCACAGAACGCUUCUUCACCGAAAACUGCGUGAACGUAACGCAAGCUUACGGAGGAGCAUAUGCGAACUGAUGCGGCAUCCCUAUCAGAACGCUGCCCGCGAACUCGGUGCUAUUUCCCAGAACCUUGUUCGCUCGCAUCAACUUCUGCAAGAAGUGUCUACCUUCCUCAGGAAACUGACCAACGAGCUUUUCCAGAUUGAAGACAAACUCGACACUAUACAGCACUGCAACAUCAUUCCGGAGAUAACGAUUCCGCCGCCAAAUCCCCGUGCGUCACCAGAACGCCUGUGACUUGUAGAUGUAUAUGUUGACCUACUAGACAUGAUAUCGCGAUGGCAGCCAACACUGUUGACAUAGCACCGCCUCUAAUACCGACCUUAAGCUUGGGUUGCACCGGUUGCAGAGAUCUUUUGCGUGUGCUGCGACACCUGUCGCGAAAGGAAGAUGCAGGCACGUAUCAAUUCAUUAAAUACGUCUUUAUUGACUGUACAGAAUCAACAAUUCAAAUAUGGCCGUUUCUGCGCGCAUUUUGUGUGAGCACAGAACCAUUUGAGCAACACUAACAUACCCGUAGCAUGCCACUCGCGGAGAACAGUAACGUACAUGACUGUUUUCAGACUGGCAGCACUGUUUAGGCAUGUAGUCAACUAUUUUGAACAGGAGUCCAACACUUAAUGACACUGUAGUACUACAGAGCUGCUUGCUUGCCCUAAUGUUAGGGACUUCGCAUUAUCAUCAAGCAGUCAUAAUGCGAAUCUCAAGUAUGAAAAACAGCUUGUAGUUUGAGCACAAUUAGCUCAAGCACUUUGCCAGUCCAUAAAUUGGGCAUGGUAGCGAAACUUAAGUUCACAUACUGUUGGCAAAGUUCCACUAAAUGCUGGAGAUAGAAAGUGUCACCUUUACCUAUCGAGUUUUCAGCCUUUAAACAAGAUCUGAAAGUUCACUCAUUUGUUAAAAAAAAGUAGCUUCACAGAAGUUCAGAAAAUAAAAGCUUGGUUGUCUGGC